AUGCUCAGUAUCGAGCAGAGUGGCCUAAUGUCUGAUACUCGAUCUACUAGUGAGGUCGACGUGGAUGCUCGCUGGGAGCAAUCUCGCAGGGUUGUGAAUCCUCCAUCCCGGCCUAUGACUUCAGGCACUGCGAUUGCCCGUUCCGAAACUAAGCGCUGGGACGGGGCUGAUGAGGGUCACAAAAUGACGAUCCGUAACUUUGGGCGCAAAUUGAUGCCGUCCAGAAAGUAA